ACCACCCCACCAACGACAUCAUUCUCAGCGCUAACACCACAAGAUACUCAGACUGAAAAAAAACAGCAACAAAAACAAUGACAACAAACAGACGGUGAAUACAACAACGUAGAACAAGGCACAUACAAAUAGCAAAGUAUUCUAAAGAAAAAGGCAUACAAAACGUAAAAUGUAUAAAGUUUUUGUGUAGUAUCUUUACAUGGGUGUGUGCUGGAAAAAUUAAAAUUUUAUCGAACAAAUCUGUAUGGGAUAAAAUGAAAAAUUAAAUCAUUAUACCAGUGGAUCACAUACAAAUGCAUUUACGUUUAAGUUCAACGCAGCACAAUGGAAUAGAGUUGCAUGAUGGUUCCAAGGAGAUGAUGCAACUACUUAAACCUGCCACGCCAACGAAUACUAAUCAGCAGGUGCAGCAGCAGCUGCUGCAUAAUCAACACAAUCACCUUCACCAACAUCACCACCAGCAGCAGACAUUUACAAAAGGGACCUGGACUAAGAGAUUUAUAUUAUGGUCAAUAUUACUAAUACAAUUUGGAUUCAUACUAUGUUUUUGGUUAAUGCAAUUGGGCUUAAGUGAUAAACUAAAUGAAACGACUGGCUCAAAUCAUGAGUUGGAGGAGAAUAGAAUCAAUUUUGUGCAAUCGGCAGCGUUGAAGGCUUCCCAAAAACUAAGACCAGAAGGUAAAGUGCUUGAAGUAACAAAUUUCCAAUGGCCUUCUAGAGAUCUUAAGUUUCAAAAUGAAUUUUUGUUACACAAAAACAACUACAAUCUCUCGGAAGCUGAGAAGAUUAUGUUUGGCGAAACUGCUCUAUGGUGUUUUAAAGAAGGCACCGUAAAUGAGACUAGACUGAAAGGAAGUAUAGAAUGGGAUGAUUCUAAUCCUUGGCAAGAAAAUUGUGAAUGUUGGCCAGAGUGGCAUGGCAGAGACUGUGGUCAACCAGAGGUUAUUUGGAGAGCCUUAUUAACUGCUAAAAUGCCCUACAAAGUUAAGGACCCCACCAGGGAGGAAGCCCACCGCUUGGUUUAUAUGUUGGAAGGUGCUUUUUUGAAUUUAGAUUUAAUGGAAUUGCAGAUUAAAGCUGUCACUAAGGUUGUGGACUAUUUUAUAGUAUAUUUAAAAAGGCAUCCUAUAAAUAACAAGGAUCUUAAAGCAAUUAAAUUUAGAUUAAAACAAAUGUUACCUAUGAAAAAUUAUUUUUUGUAUCACUGUAAACUACCCUCAUAUAAUAAUUGCUCUUCAGCUGAGGCCUAUCGCCUUUUCAGGCAACAACAAUUGCCCACAAAUGCCAUAAAACCCACAGAUAUAUUCAUUUUUACGGACGACAAAACCAUCUUGGGUCAUCGAGCUUUAAAUUUUCUUAAAUACUAUGGUUCUGAUUUAGCACCCGUCAUACAAUUUCGUUUGAAAUUUACCAUCUAUGGAUUUUAUUGGCAACAUCCUCAACAAACUUAUCUCAGUGGUCUCAUAAGUUCCUUUCAAAACAUCGAUAAUGCAGAUGCAAAUCCAACGCUUCUACUAACACAAAUUACCUCUCAACAUCACCAACAACAGCCAUCCUUGGUUAUAGGAGAUUUAAACCAUUUUGGUGGUUGGUUUUGUAAAUAUUGUCAAGAACCUGAUGAAAUUAUUGCCGAGUUGCAUCUAUCACAAAGUUCCUCUAACCAUAAAUUAACAUCGAACUCAACAUUAACUGCCUCAUCAGCGACAUCGGCACCAUCACCCUCAAAGUCAAUUCAAAAUACUGUGGUAUUUCCCGCGGAUAAAAAACAUUCAUCUCACAUAGAUGCCGCCUAUGUGCAACAACUCAUCUCGACAGGUAUCUAUCUAAAAGAUGGUAAAACUCAAUUACAAAAGGUACGUCGUUUUUCCGAUAAAUAUUAUGCUCCUCAUUAUGCCUCCGAACAAAGCUGGAAGUAUGGUCAUUUGUUAAUAAAUAUUUAUGAAUCUUUGGAAGACUUGCUGGCCAGCGAUAAUGAAGAUGAAAUGUUUUAAAACCAUAGGCAUGUAAAUAGUAAAUUAGUUAAAAUGGAAAACAAUCGUCAGGAUCUGUGCUACUUGGUAUGCAACUAUUUUUUAAAUAGUUGACGACAAUAGCAUAGACCCAAUGAAGUGAAUUGCUUGCGAAAAUCUUUCGAAAAGAUUUAAAUUUUAUUCAAUUAAGCCAAAUUGUUUAAUCGUACAAAAAACGAUGAAAUAUUAUUAUUACAUUUAAGUGAAAUAAUUACAUUUAGUAGAGAAACAUUUCUACAGGUACAUAUACAGAAUUUCAAAGUAAUAAAGUCAAUGUGAACGGAAAACUGUUAACUCACUUUCAAGGCCUUUAAAUGAACAAACAUUUUAUUCCAGAACUAUGAUUUCUCUUUGAAAAUUUGUCCGAUUUAGCGAUGCUCUAAAUGUAUUCUCAAGUCUCUGGAUUUCGACUUUUUUCAAAUGUUGACGGGCUGUUUUAUCUUUCUACAAAAAAUAUUCCAUAACUUUUCUUUCCACAGAGAAUUUAUGAUAAAUUUAUUUAAGAGAAAUUUCGUGGAAAUUUCUCCAAUUUUUCGAUAAAUUCUCUUUCUAUAUAUAGUUUCUCCUUCAAUAGACUAGAUUAUA